GCUUUGACGUCCUGAAACCGCCAUGACCUUGGUGGAUGGAAAACAAACCUCGGUAGGUUCAUGGGCACUUUUUAAAGCAUCGUGCAUCCACUUUCUGUAACCACAUGUGGUUUCUGUUUCUACUUUGCUAUCCGUCUCCCCUGUCGCUCCUUCACAGCCACCAAGAUGUCGCUAUUUAAUAUAUUCGGCCGCCGCAAUGAAGCCUCAUCGGCGUACAACCCAGUCUCUGAGGACGAAGACAAACUACUGGAUGAACCAACGCUGGCGACCAGACUCGAAUUAGAGAAGCUCCAGCAAGCAAAUGCGAACCUAAAGCGGGUGUUGGGCAUCUUCGCUAGCUUCUUCCUAGCCUUCCUCGCCCUGGUUGCUUUUAAGAGCUGGGAAAUUCAGGAGGACAGCCUUCUGUUCCCACGAAUCCUCAAGUCGCCCGUACCGCCGAUGCCCAUGAAUGUGCAGACCUUCGAGCGCAACUCCCUCUACGCCUCCCGCCCUUCUCCCGAAUCCGAUGCAGCCUGGAAUGCACUCCUCCCCGAAGGCCGCGGCUUCGUCUACGUACCCGAGUCAGAGCAAUACUCUCUUCCUCCUGGCGAAAAAGUCUUUUACGGCGAGAUCUAUUCUGUUUCCUUGUUCCACCAAUUGCACUGCCUGGGUCAGCUACGGAAAUACUACUGGUUGCUAGUCGAUGGAGUGAAGAGCAACAGCACAAGUUUGAAGCCAAUGGUGGAAGGACUACUAGGACCCUCGGGCGAGCAUGUGUCGCAUUGCUUCGACUACUUGCGACAAACGUUGCAAUGCGCAGGCGACAUGGCCUUGGAGUGGCCGAGAAAAGAGGAGGAUGGCAGCAGGUUUGCUGUGGAUGGAUGGAACAUCCCUCACGAAUGCAGGAGCUGGGAUCACAUCGUCGAUUACAUGAAGGACAACUACUUCAAUUUGUCCAUGAAUAGCGAAAUCGCGCCAGAUCACCCCAUGCACAAAGAUGGCAUGGCACAGCUAUGAUCUCUAGAUCAGCCCAGACAACUACAAAGAAGCUGGUUCUUCUUCCAAAUUCACAGGUCUCAGAUAUAUAACAUUCAAACCAUCAUUGCACUUAUGUCUACAUUAUUUUGUGAUGAUUAAAUGGUGCAGCAAGACCUUUGACACCCGCUCGUCCCAGCAACGACAAGAAAUAAUCUUCCGCGGAAAGGCAUGAAUGUCCAAAUACGAACCCGCCGAGAUUCUGCCUAUUACACAAAAUCUCGCAUCUACUAAGACUUUGUCAAAGCGAAGCGAUAUUGGUAAGAGAAAGUCAACAUUGUUCUCUUAAGCAGCCUCGCAGGGUGAUAAGAUCGAAUUGGAAGUGGGUUGAUUCUUUUCUUCUUCUACUGUUUUUUCUUUUCGAG